AAUCAUCCUGAAGGAGGUCAGUCAGCUCUUCGGCUGCCUUUGCCUGUUUCUGUAUUUGUCUCGUUCCUCUCAAAGGACAUUCCCUUCACUGCUCCUUCAGGAAGACAGUGUCCUGAGGGCAUUUGGAUCUCGGUUGGUGUCUAAGGUGGAUCUGAGAGUCUUUUCCUCCUGUCAUCUGCUGCUGCGCUUUCAGUCCGCUCUCCACGCGCGUUAAUAUGGACGCAGAUUAGUUUGUUUUAACGCUUUAGUGUGUUAUUUAAGAUCAGGGCUCUUUCAGAACAGCGUAGGAGCAUGGAUAUAUUAUUUUAUUCUUUAAUCAUUCUAAUUCAUGGAAUUUUUGCAGCAUCCCGUUCUGGAAAAAACCUGAUGCCGCACAUGCCAAAUGUGUGUGCUGAGCAGGAGGUGAAACUCGUGGCCCAGAUGCAGCCGUGUGUCCAGGCCUUCACGCGGAUGGUUAAAGCCUGGAAACAGGGAUGCCAGGGACAGUCGUGGUGCAUGGGUUACGAGAGGAGAACGGCUUACUAUACUGCGUACAGACAGGUGUAUCGACAGGAGCACCAGGCGGUUUACAAGUGCUGCCCAGGAUGGUCACAGCUCAACGGGGAGGCCGGAUGCCUGUAUCCUGUGUGCAGUUACGGUGUGUGCUUUAAUGGAGGUCAGUGCAGAGAAGGUUCUGCUCAGCUUUGCCACUGUCCGGUCGGAUUCAGCGGUCCGAGCUGCCAGUACGAUGUGAACGAGUGUGAAGAGACCAAUGGAGGGUGUGAAGCUCUUUGCUGUAACACCAUCGGCAGUUUCUACUGCAAGUGUCCCGCAGGUCAAGAACUUAAAGAGGAUGGCAAGACCUGCCAUGAUAUUGACGAAUGCCAGGUGCAUAACGGCGGCUGCCAGCACAAGUGUGUGAACACCAGGGGUUCGUAUCACUGCCAGUGUAACGCUGGAUCUCGACUGCACGUGGACGGACGCACAUGCAUCGCCAUCCACUCCUGCAGCGUUGGGAACGGCGGCUGCGAGCAUUUCUGCAUCCAGCAGACGGCGGGUCAUUUCCAGUGCCGCUGCCGACCCGGUUACAGACUCGACGUGGACGGGAAACAUUGCAAAUCGGAGAAUCCGUGUGCGGAGCGAAAUGGUGGUUGUUCUCAGGAAUGCCACAGGGAUGGAGAUCAGGCCCGCUGUGGAUGUCGUCCAGGUUAUCAGCUGGCUGAAGAUGGCAAGACCUGUGAAGACAUUGACGAGUGUCAGACGGGCCAGGCGGACUGCGCUCACGGUUGCCGUAAUACCAGGGGAUCUUUCAUGUGUGUGUGUCCCGCUGCCUAUGAGCUGGGUGUUGAUGGCAAGCAGUGCUAUCGUAUCGAGAUGGAGAUUGUAAACAGCUGUGAUCAUAAUAACGGCGGUUGUUCUCAUCACUGCGAACAUUCAACCAGUGGACCUGUAUGCAGCUGUAACCAAGGAUACCAGCUGGACGUCGACCACAAGACCUGCAUCGAUAUAAACGAGUGCAUAGACGGCAGCUCGUGUUGUGAGCACGACUGCACAAACUAUCCUGGAGGUUACGAGUGUUACUGUACCGCUGGAUAUCGACUGAACGCUGAUGGAUGCAGCUGUGAUGAUAUAGACGAGUGUUUGGCUGCAAAUGGAGGAUGUGAUCACCUGUGUCAGAACAGCGCCGGCUCCUUCCAGUGCUCCUGUAGACGCCGGCAUCGUCUCGAUGAGGACAGACAUUCAUGUAUAUUGCUGGAGGAGUCGGUGGAGGCGUUGAGCAGCGGUCAGGCGGUGGACAGACCCCGACCUCAGCUCACCAUCCUGCAGGACUAUGAGCAGAUCCUGGAGCGAUACGACGACUACGAGGAUGACACGGGAGAACUGCGUGCUGAGAGCACCUUAACUGAGAAAUUCAUUUGUUUGAACGAUUCAUUCGGCUUCGACUGCAGUCUGUCGUGUGAGGACUGUGCUAAUGGAGGAGUGUGUAACAAACUCAGAAACGGCUGUGACUGUCCUGACGGAUGGACGGGAAUCGUGUGUAAUGAGACAUGUCCAGAGGGCUGGUUUGGCAGGAAUUGCUCGUUGGUCUGUAAGUGUAAGAAUGGCGGCGUGUGUGAUCCGGUCACCGGGAGCUGCCGCUGUCCACCAGGGGUCAGUGGAGAGCUGUGUCAGGACGGUUGUCCCAAGGGUCUCUAUGGGAAGUUCUGUAAUAAGAAGUGUAAUUGUGCUAAUAAAGGACGGUGUCAUCGCACUUAUGGGGCGUGUCUGUGUGACCCAGGACUGUAUGGAAGGUUCUGCCACCUACCGUGUCCUAAGUGGACGUUUGGCCCGGGCUGUUCUGAGGAGUGUCAGUGUGUUCAGCAGAAUACGAUAGAGUGUCACCGUCAUCAUGGCUCCUGCAUCUGCAAGCCUGGUUAUCGGGGCGACACCUGCAAAGAUGAGUGUGAAUCAGGCUUCUUUGGCUCAGGCUGUAUUAAUAAAUGCUCCUGUCCGGCUGGAGUGACCUGUGAUCAUGUGACCGGAGCGUGUCAACCACAGUGUCCAGCUGGAAAGACAGGAGACAAGUGUGACCAAGAUUGCGUUGAUGGGAGAUUUGGGAUUGGCUGCUCUCAGUCAUGUGACUGCUCAGAGGCACCAUGUGACAGGAUCACUGGCCAAUGCAUGUGUCCCGCUGGAACGUUUGGAAAACAUUGUGAAAAAGAGUGUGCAGAGGGUCGCUGGGGCGUUGGAUGUCAGGAAUGGUGUCCGGCGUGUGAGAACGGAGGCCGCUGUGACAGGCGUAACGGCUCGUGUGUCUGUGGUCCUGGAUUCAUCGGCAGAUUGUGCCAGAACAUGUGUACCGCGGGACGCUUCGGUGUUGGCUGUCAGCUCAAAUGUGCCUGUGAUAAUGGAGGACGCUGCCAUCCUGUAACCGGACGCUGCUCGUGUCCUCCAGGCUGGACGGGCCACAACUGCAGGAAAGCCUGUGACACGGGCCGCUGGGGUCUGGACUGUGUGAGUGUCUGUGACUGUGGAAACGGUGACGGAGGGUGUGACGCUCAGACCGGACGCUGUCAUUGUGAGGCGGGCUUCACUGGACCACGAUGUGACCAGAAAUGCCCUGCUGGUUCAUUCGGCCCGGGCUGUAAGCAUCGCUGCCAGUGUGAAAACCAGGCAUCAUGUGACCAUGUGGGCGGGGCUUGCACCUGUAAGAUUGGCUGGACUGGAACGUUCUGUGAAAAACCUUGUCCGCAGGGUUUCUAUGGUCUGGACUGUCAGCAGAAGUGUGUGUGUAUGAAUGGGGGUCUUUGUGAUCAUGUCAGUGGUGAAUGUGCCUGUCAGCCCGGCUGGAUCGGUCUACACUGUAACCAAACGUGUCCUGCUGGACUGUACGGAGUGAGCUGUUCUCAGACAUGUGUUUGUCACAAUAACAGCAGCUGUAACGCUGUAAGUGGUCAGUGUGAGUGCAGCGCAGGGUGGACGGGAGACACCUGCUCGCAACCUUGUUCUCCAGGUUUCUUCGGGACGGGCUGUGCUCAGAGGUGUCUGUGUCAUAGCGGGGGUUCGUGUGACCUUGAGAGCGGCCGCUGCUUCUGUCCCAGCGGAUGGACGGGUUCAGCCUGUGAACUGGAAUGUCCAGUGGGUCGGUUCGGGUCAGACUGUCAGGACAGAUGUGAGUGUCUGAACGGUGCUCAGUGUGACAGACAGACGGGUCAGUGUGUUUGUCAGCCGGGCUGGACGGGACAGCGCUGUGAGAAUGCAUGUGUAUCGGGGCGGUUUGGAGUCGGCUGUGAGGGCCGGUGUGAGUGCGAUCACGGCGCCCCCUGUCAUCAUGUGAGCGGACAGUGUUUGUGUCCUGCAGGAUGGAGAGGAAGACACUGUGAGAAAGCAUGUCUGCCAGGCUCAUAUGGUCAGGACUGUGUCCAGCGCUGCUCUUGCCUGCCGGGUACGUCAUGCCAUCACGUGACGGGACGCUGCGGCUGCCCUCCCGGUUACACGGGCAACGGCUGCGAGCAGAUCUGUCUGCCCGGCACCUUCGGCAUCAACUGUAAUCAGCUGUGUCAGUGUUCAGAGAGAAACCAGCUGUGCCACCCGGUGUCUGGAGCGUGUUACUGCGCGCCUGGAUUCACUGGACCCAAGUGUGAACAGGCGUGUGCUGAGGGUUUCUACGGUCCCGGUUGCGAGCGUCGCUGUCAGUGUGUGAACGGAGGCGUUUGUCUUUCAGUCUCGGGUGCCUGUGAGUGUCCGGCCGGAUUCAUCGGGGCCCGCUGUCAUCUCACGUGUCCAGCGGGACGCUACGGGCCGGACUGUGGCCGUGUGGCCGUCUGUGGGAAGGGGGCGAGGAGCGAUCCGGUCACCGGCGUGUGUGUGGGAGAGGAAGUGUGUCCUGCGGGCCGCUUCGGAUCGGGCUGCUCUCAGCACUGUGACUGCAGUAACAGAGGCCUGUGUGACGCCAUCUCUGGAAACUGUUCAUGUGGCCUCGGCUGGACUGGCUCGCGCUGUGAGAGAGAGUGUGUUGAGGGUCGCUUCGGUCCUGACUGUGUUCUGCAGUGUUUGUGUCAGAAUAACAGCACAUGUGACCGAGUGACAGGAAGCUGUCGGUGUCAGCCGGGAUAUUACGGUCAUCUCUGUGAACACGCGUGUCCCGCUGGUCUGUUCGGCUCUGGCUGUCAGCAGCGCUGUGACUGUGUGAACGGGGCUUCAUGUCACCCCAGAACCGGACAGUGCCUCUGUCCAGCUGGAUUUCACGGCUCUCGCUGUGAGAGAGAAUGUGAGCAGGGCACGUUUGGUCUGAACUGCUCUUGGUCAUGUGACUGUGCGGAGGACACACCGUGUGACCCGGUGAGCGGCAGGUGUAUCUGUACCUCAGGAAAGACGGGCGUCAGGUGUGACAGCGACUGCAGUGUGACGCGGUUCGGACCCGACUGUGCGCUCAGCUGUGAAUGUGAGAACGGAGCUCAGUGUGACCGCAGAAACGGACGCUGCCUGUGUCUGAACGGCUGGAUCGGCCUCACGUGCUCACAACGUAAACCUGCUUGAGAGAGAAUCAGGGUGUCCCUCCAGAGGUCGACUCCAGACGUCUAGAGGAGAAUCAGUCCCAGCUCAACACCUCAUAGCGCUAACACUCUCACUGAGCAGCGGGACACAAACACACAGAUGCACUUUACUCACCCUGACUGCUCCUCACAGCUCAGACUCCAUCCUUCAGUGUGCUUUCAGGGGAUUUUCAUAUUGUCUGUGUUUCAGUACUGUUGUCAGAUUCACUUUUGAAUCGACAAGAAAAAGAAAAGAAAAGUGCCUUUGGAAUUCAGAGCACUCGUUUACGCUGCUGGAUUGUAGCUAUUAUUGAGACAUUGCAUAAAGUCCCAGGUGUUUACUAAUUUCACAAAAUCAGUAGUUGAACACAAACUGUAUUUGUUUUACCUCUUUGACAGACUGUAACGUUUGAUAAAGAAACAUCUGUGUGGAUGGCAAGAUAUUAAACUACAUGAAGUGAUGUUUCGUGAUGUUAGAGAUGGUGCUAUGAUGACCUUUUAUUAGAGGGCCUUUAUAUGUUAAUAUUAGAAGGAAAAAAAAAAAAUAGAAACUGGUACAUUUUUCCAUGCUUUUGAUUGUUUUGUAUAAAAUUUGAAUUUAUUUAUGUUUUGUAAAAUAUACAAUUGUAAAUGUUUUGCAAACUCUUUAAUAUGUGAACCUGUUGAAAAAGUUUUUUACUUGUGCCACCCUGGAAUACUAGUUUUUAAAAAUUUUAAGCAUGUUAAAUAUUUCAAAAAGCACUAUAUUUUUAAUUCAGCAAAUGGUGUCUAUAUAUAUAUAUAUAUAUAUAUAUAUUCUUUUUUUUUUUGUUUGUUUUUUUUUUAACAAUUUUUUUUAAAUCCAGGGGCCGUAUUUGUGAAACAAUCUUUAGAAUAAAUGUCAGCUUCCAUUUUCUUAGUUUAACAUCUUAUUUUCUUAUGAAAAAAAUAGGAAAAUGUAUAUAAGCAGUAAUGACAAUCACUACAUUAUGACUAAUUUAUUGCUAUUGUAUGUAAUCAAUAAAGUUUAGUCUGAUUAUGAGUAUUUUAAAAUGUAAUAUAAUUAAGAGUACUUAGUUUUUGGAAUCUGAUUCCAUAAUCCAGAUUACAUGUAAUCAGUUACUACCAGCAAUGCAAACCAAAAUAGCGAUAGAAAAGCAAAAAGUUACAUACUGCAACUUCAGCAACAUUGAUGCAUUUCUUAAGAAACUCAGCAAAAAACAAAAAGACACAAACGGACUUUUUUUUUGUCAAUAUUUUAUAGUUGUCAUUUCAUAGAUACUGGCGCUGUACAUGUCUAAAUUCAGAUUCAAGCACAAUGCAGUCAGCAAAUGCCUUUUGAUGAAAAUAAAAGAACCAAAGGCUGGAGUGAUCAGGACCAUGUAUAUGUAUAUAUAUAUAUAUAUAUAUAUAUAUAUAUGUACAAAGGUCAAACUAUAUACAGAUAUAUCUGACUCGACAUACAGUAUUUCUCCACAAUGCGUGGAAAUGUAGCUUGCCAUUGUAUACAUUUCACAGAAUUUUCCAAAAUGCAUAUUCAGUGCAAAUAAUUGCUCUUUGUCAUCAUCAUCAUCAUCAUCAUCUUCUUCAGGUCAGUACCACCGAAGGGCAACAAAGAAUGGUAAAAAAAUAAAAUCAUAUUUUUGUCUUCAUCUUUGCAAAAUAUUAAACAUGAAAAAUAAUCUCCUCGGGAACUGAAGUAUGGUACUUGAAAACAAUACUCUUCACAUCUGUCAGAUCUGGACAGAUUUAAUAACAAUUACACUUUUCCCUGUUUUUCCAACCAUUCCACUCUGAGCUUAAAAGAUCACUAAGAAAAAACUGCUCGGAGGCAUGGAAAACCAGUCAGUGAUAUUCAUGUCGUCUUCACCAAACGUUUCCGAUUCUUAUCAAAGCAGUCAACGUGAGAGCAGAAACACGCUGACGAGGUACAACACUAAUAAAAUGAGAAUAUUAGUCGAUACACGAGUCCAGUCAAACGCAGAUAACGCUGGGAAUCCGGCAGCUCUGUUAUCCAAACACAGUGAUGAAUCUCAACACUGAAACUAAACUAAUAACUGCCUCCGUUCACCAAUCUACUGCUCGCAUUGGUUCUCAAACACACUUUAGAGAUGCCGUUUCAUCUCGAUGAUAUUUCAAUGUACAACAAUGAAACAAAGGAAUGUUUCAGUUUCAGUGAGACUCUAUGGACAUUACAAACAGAAAAAACACUUGUUGACUAAUGAAUUUGCAAUGCUCUAUGCUUAAGAGGCAAGAAAAUAUUAAAAUAUAAUUUCUUACGUUUAACCAUAACACUUCAGCAUUAUAUUAGUGUGAUAAAAAUGUUCAUAAACACGUCUAUCACAUUUGUAAGCAUUUGGCAACCACUUUUUAUUUUAUUUUUUAAAUCAAUCAAAUUUGUCUUUAUUUGUAAGCAUUUGGCUACCACUUCAUUUUUGUUUAUUUCUAUGUUUAAAUCAACAAUUAUUCAAUGUAAUUUAAGUCGCAGCCAAAUGCUUACAAAUAAAUUAAUGUUUCUCUUUUUUUUUUUAGAUUAACAAUGCAAUUUAUUUUAUAGUAUUUAUUUGUAAGCAUUUGCCAACUACUUGUUUCUUUUGUUCGCUCUCUUUAUUAUUAUUAUUAUUUUAAUAAUCAAUUAUUUAAAUUUUAGUUAUUUGUCUUAUAGGGUGAAUUUCACAAAGCAAUUUCCAUAAUUUAUAUAUCUGUUAUAUUUUGCAUGAAAUAACCAAACGCCUGUUUCUUAGGACGAUUAUUUGUCAUUAAGUUCAUUUUCCCCACAAUUCUCAUUACUGCAAUGCAAUGCAA